GAGGUGCAGCGCUGCCUGAUUUAUUCCGGUCCUGGAGCAGGAGUGAGAGCCCGCGCUCUGUCUGCACGUCCCGAUCUUCAGUCCCGCGCCGGGUCCCCCACUUGUGCGCACCAUGCCCGGCCCCCGCCUGCUGGCCGCGCUCUGCGGCGCGCUGCUCUGCGCCUCCGGCCUCUUCGCCGGCUCCGGUGACUUCUGUGACUCCAUCGAGUGCCUGAAUGGUGGGACCUGCCUGUCACAGGACGAGCUCCCCUUCUAUUGCCUCUGCCCCGAAGGCUUUACGGGGCCCAUUUGCAACGAGACUGAGAAAGGUCCCUGUUUCCCAAACCCCUGCCGCAAUGAUGCCGAAUGCCAGGUGCUUGAUAAGGAGGCACUCCGUGGCGAUGUCUUCCAACAGUAUGUCUGUGAGUGCCAGCAAGGCUACACGGGCAUCCAUUGUGAGAACAGUCCCGCCUGCGAGGGUGGCCACCCGACUGCCGUCUCCUUCCCUGCAGGGUGCGCCAUGCCGCUGGGCAUGGAGACGGGGGCCAUCGCCGACCGGCAGAUCUCCGCCUCGUCCGUGCACUGGGGCUUCAUGGCUUUGCAGCGCUGGGCCCCGGAGCUGGCCCGCCUGCACCGCUCGGGCAUCGUCAAUGCCUGGACAGCCAGCAACUACGAUCGGAAACCCUGGAUCCAGGUGAACCUGCUACGGCGGAUGCAGGUGUCGGGCGUGGUGACGCAGGGCGCCAGCCGCGCAGGCAGAGCCGAGUACGUGAAGGUGUUCAAGGUGGCGUACAGCUUCGACGGGAAAAAGUUCAAGUUCAUCCAGGACGACGGGAACUCAGGAGACAAGAUAUUUAUGGGGAACGUGGACAACAAUGGCCUGAAGGUCAACAUGUUUGACGUCCCUCAAGAGUUGCAGUACGUGAGGCUGAUGCCCGUUGGCUGUCACCGGAGCUGCACCCUGCGCUUUGAGCUCCUUGGCUGCGAGGUGAAUGCAGGAUGUGAUGAACCCCUGGGCAUGAAGGACAGAACCAUCCCUGACAAGCAGAUCACGGCCUCCAGCAUCUACAGGACCUGGGGCCUGAGUUCCUUCAGCUGGUACCCCCACUACGCGCGGCUGGACCAGCAGGGCAAGUUCAACGCCUGGACCGCGGAGAAAAACUCUGCCUCUGAGUGGCUGCAGAUCGACUUGGGCUCUCAGAAACAGGUGACCGGCAUCAUCACGCAGGGGGCCCGAGACUUCGGCACCAUCCAGUACGUGGCGGCUUACAAGGUGGCCCACAGUAACGAUGGCCUGAAAUGGACCGAGUAUAAGGACCCGGGGGCCGAGGGCAGCAAGAUCUUCCCAGGCAACUUUGACAAUAAUUCCCACAAGAGGAACAUGUUUGAGACGCCCUUCAUGGCUCGUUUUGUGCGCGUCCUGCCCGUGGCCUGGCACAACCGCAUCACCCUCCGGGUGGAGCUGCUGGGAUGCUCGUAGGUCUAGCUGAUGGGACCGGAUGGCCUGUUCUCCUGACCUUCUGUGGUCCUGCUGCCUCCUCCACCCACCGCCCGCCUGAUUGUAGUGCCGUGGGGGGCGGGGAGGGGGGGUGAAGAUGUCGGUCACCUCUCCCUCCCUCUGUCCUCCUCACACCUCACCUCCCACACGCCCGCCCCACCUCCCACCUGCCCCUGGCGCCCAACCCUCAUGCCAGGUGAGCCGCAGGCAAUUCCUGGCCCUGCCAGACUCCCUCUUCUACACUUGAUCUUGCCAAAAGGCCGAGAGCCAACCCAUCCCAUGUUCUUAGGCGCUGUGGGAGUUGAGUAGGUCUGGGAUUCCAGCCUCUGUUGCCAAUAGCCCACCUCCCACCCCCCACAUUCCCAUGGCCCUGGAGGAAGGGCCCCGAGGCGCCAGGCUGGAGUAACAGACGCCUGCCGCUCAGCCUGGAGCCAUGAUGCAGCCAUUCCCGAUGCCGCCACCCAGAACCUCUGACACUCCCACAACCUCCCUGGAGACCCCUCUUGACCCUUGAGCUGCAGCCUAGAAAGACAGCAGGGGAUGGGGUGGGUCCAUGGACAGACGGGGAGGAGGUGGGCGGGCCUGGGCGGCCCCCCGAAUGCACAGGCAACUUCCAAAAUAUAUUUAUGUCACUGCCUGGA